AUGCUGAGCUCUGUCUACCUAGGUCAAAACAACUUUACUGCGUUUGGAAGCACCAACGCUCCUCCGAGCACCUUUGGCAAUGUCAACAACCCCACUGUUUGCCAUUCGAUCUGCGCGACUUGCUUUGCGGCGGGGAACGAUUCGUGUUGCAGUGACAACUGUCUCUACUGCUCGAGCACGCCACUCUGCACUGUCUGCUCCACUGGCUUCACCCCCAUGAAUGGAAGCUGCAUUCCGCUCUCGUCGGCUUCGUCUUUGGCCGCGGGCUAUGCAUCUGCGGCCUCGACCUCGGCUGCCACUCUGGCGUCUGUCGUUUCUACGUCUCUAGCGUCCCUCCGCUCGUCAGCAGCUUCUGCAUCGGCUGUCUCUGCUUCUGUCGUUUCCAAGUCUUUAGCACCAAUUCGAGCGACCGCAUCUUCUGCAUCCGCUGCCUCGGCUUCUAUCGUUUCCUCGUCUUUGGCACCCAUUCGGGCUUCGGCCGCUUCGGCGUCUUCUGCUUCUGCCGCUUCUGAUGCUGCCAACAACCGCUCUCCGGAUGCUUCGGCCUCGUCCGCGACAGGCGUCAUUGGUGCAAUCGUUGGCGUGCUUGUCGUUGUGGCACUGAUUGUUGCGGUUGUGCUCUAUCGUCGACGCCGCAACCGAGCCCACGCGAUCAGCACCGGCAAAACCGACACCUUUCCGAUGCGGUCCACCUCCCUCGGAACCCCGUCCAGCGACAUUUACGCCAAUUCGACUACAGACCCGCUGUAUUCUGCGGUGGGAGCAGCACCUCAACCAGAGUAUGCUUCUGCCAACUUCAGUUCAUCGCGCGGAACAGACAGCGCUUACGCCUAUGUUUCUGCGCCGCCGCAGAGGUCAUCCACCUAUGACAAUGCUGCUUCGCCCCAACAAGGUGAUAGCCACCCGUACGAGUAUGCCGGCUCUCGAAUUUACAUGUCGGCGGCCAAGGUCACUCAAACUUUACGCAACGGACUUGUUCUGGGCGAGAAACUAGGUUCUGGCGCAUUUGGCGUUGUGCUUCGGGGACUCUUGCCGCGCGCAUUGGUCCCAACCGACGCACAGUACCUGCUUCACGACCCCAUGCAGUCUGACCUGGAAGUAGCCGUGAAGACCAUCCAGGCGGAUGCCUCUCCGCAGUCUCACAACGAGUUUAUCGAGGAGGCACGCAUGGUUUCGCAGUUCAACCAUCCGAAUGUGGUUCGAGCGAUUGCCACAUUGCUGGAAGCUGAGCCGCAUCUCUGUGUCCUUGAAUUGCUGCCGUACGGCGACCUGCGCGACGUGCUGAAAAAGUCAAAGAAGAGGAACAUUGCCUGGACCGAAAACGAGUUUGCCCACACCCUUGCGCAGGUUGCAUCGGGUUUGGGCUACCUUGAGUCGAUUCGCUUUGUGCAUCGCGACAUUGCGGCUCGUAACUGUCUCGUGGGACACGGCUUGACCGUCAAGAUUUCCGAUUUCGGCUUGAGCCGCGCGUUGGCUCAGGAGACGGACUACUACCGCAUGGAGCACAAAGGACGUUUGCCAGUGAAGUGGAUGGCUCCCGAGUGUCUCAACUAUCGCAAGUUUACGCAUCAAAGCGACGUCUGGUCUUAUGGUGUGCUGGCUUGGGAAGCAUUCUCGUACGGAGCUGUGCCGUACGGGGCGAUGAAUGGUCGCGAAGUCCUUGCGUAUCUGGACGAUGGAAAGCGUCUGGUCCGACCUGAAAACUGCUCACCCCACCUCUAUGCGAUGGUGCAAUCGUGCUGGGAAGAAAACCCGCAGGCCCGUCCCCGAUUUGCAGGUCUCGCCGCUUACUUUACCAACUUGGCUGCCAAUCAGCCGUGCCUGCGUAUCGCUGCCUCUUCCUUUUUGAUGAGAAUUAUGGUUGUGGUUUUUUUAAAAAACCUUGCAUGCAAUGUCAAGAAAUACAUGUACUAUGUAGCAUGA